UAAUAAUUAUAAUGGGGAACUGCAUUUCAGAUGUCUAUUGCUUUCUGCUGUAGUAGUCGAACGAUUUCGGCUUCUUCUGGCUAUUAAUUGAAAUAACUUUUAAAAUGUGCAGAGUUGGUCCGUACUUUAUCACCUGCUUGCUUUCUAAAAUUUCAAAGUAGGAUCAUAUUCAUAGAUUACGUAUGGGUGGAAGAGAUUUAAAAUUCUCAUGGUUGAUUAAGUGCACACUUAAAAUGUCGUGAUGUGUGGAUUCUGUUCAUAUGACAUUUCAUCUGAAUGAAAAUGAACACAAAAAUAUUCAACAGUUUAUUGAAAGCUGUGACAUGCAGUAGAUCUACAUGUUUCAUUCACACAACGCGUGUUAGCUUUAUAUGGGAACGUGAUCACAAAGGCGGGUACCUUCGAGAUAAACCAAAGCAUGCAACAACAGAGCUGAUUCGUGAUGGACUGAAAGAAUUGAAGGGUGAGAUAAUGUUAUGGAAGGAUGAAAUGAAAGAGCGCUUUGAAGGUGACCCCAUCCUUGUGUACAGACGAGGUGAGAUCGACAUUGUGUGGCAGUUCAACCAACCUGAAGCGCUGUCGCGGUGGACAACGACCAGUGACAGUGAUCAUAAUGAGGGACAUAGCACCUGUGAACUGUCCCUCAAUAAAGGAGGAAAAGGCCUCUUUACAGGCAUGCUUUCUUCACAGGUACCUAAGGAUGGACGUGUCAAGAGGGCAGGCUACUGCAACAUGCGGUCACUGAGACCACGGAAAUCCUUCAAGCGGGAUUCGUACUUUGACUGGCGCAUGUACUCCCACAUUGUGCUCAGAGUUCGAGGUGAUGGGCGCUCGUACAUGCUCAACAUAGCUACCAUGGGCUACUAUGACAUAAUGUGGAAUGAUGUCUACUCGUAUGCACUCUUCACCAGGGGUGGCCCCUACUGGCAGCUUUCUAAGAUUCCAUUUUCCAAGUUCUUCCUGACAAGUAAGGGACGCAUCCAGGAUAAACAGAACCCAAUCCCACUGGACAAAGUGACCCAUGUGGGCAUCUCAGCAAGUGACAAAAUCAAUGCAUCCUUUCACCUGGAGAUUGACUACAUUGGUCUGGAGUUUGACCCUACUCAUAUUGAGGAGUUUGCUUAUGAGAUGUACACGAUGCCCAAGUAUAUGGUUGGAGUGUAAUACUCGUGCUGAAGUAGCGCAGUGGACCUAGUCCUUGCUUUGUUAAUAUUACACUGCUAUAUCAUUUAUUUCUCUAACACAGUGUAUAAAAUACAAAUCUUUUGAUCUUUAA